UCCCCGGAAGUGCUGCGGUCGCUGCUGGUCGUCGGGGCCUCGUUGGUGCUUUUCUUUCUAAUGAAACUCUUCCAUUCAUUUUAUACGCCGUUGUUUUAAACUUCUACUCUGUGCUGUUCCCCCUCGAUUGAGUCGGAAUGAUUGAGCCCAAGAAGCGAGUGGGAGACAUGGCGGUGGUGCCCACGGUCGUGAAGCGGCCCCGGACGGAGCUGGUGGCGGCGGCCCAGUCCCAGCAGCUCGUGGCCUCGGGCCCUCCACGGACCUCCAGCCUGACGGCUCCCAUCAUGCUGAUGUCUGGUCACGAGGGCGAGGUGUACUGCUGCAAGUUUCACCCCAAUGGAGCCACUCUCGCCUCCUCUGGAUUCGACAGACUCAUAUUGAUGUGGAACGUGUACGGAGACUGUGAGAAUUACGCCACCCUGAAGGGCCAUAGUGGAGCAGUGAUGGAUCUGCAUUACAACACAGACGGCAGCAUGUUGUUCUCAGCGAGCACGGAUAAGACUGUAGGUGUUUGGGACAGUGAAACGGGUGAGAGGAUGAAGCGUCUGAAGGGCCACACCUCCUUCGUUAACUCCUGCUACCCGGCUCGCAGGGGGCCCCAACUCGUCUGCACAGGCAGUGACGACGGCACCGUCAAGCUGUGGGACAUCCGCAAAAAAGGGGCCAUCCACACCUUCCAGAACACCUACCAGGUACUGGCCGUGACAUUCAAUGACACCAGUGAUCAGAUCCUGUCCGGAGGCAUCGACAACGACAUCAAGGUGUGGGAUCUGCGACAGAAUAAGCUGAUCUACAACAUGCACGGCCACGGUGACUCCAUAACUGGACUCAGUCUAAGCUCUGAGGGAUCGUACCUUCUGUCCAACUCCAUGGACAACACACUCCGGAUUUGGGAUGUGCGGCCAUUUGCUCCAAAGGAGAGAUGUGUGAAGAUUUUCCAAGGCAACAUCCACAACUUUGAAAAGAACUUACUGAGAUGCUCCUGGUCUACCGACGGCAGUAAGGUCGCUGCAGGCUCAUGCGAUAGAUUUGUGUAUAUUUGGGACACUACAUCUCGAAGAAUCCUGUACAAGCUGCCGGGUCACGCCGGCUCCGUUAAUGAGGUGGUUUUCCAUCCAGAGGAGCCGAUAGUGAUGUCCGGCUCCAGCGAUAAACGACUGUACAUGGGAGAGAUUCAGUAGGGUGUGUGUGCAUGUAAUUGUAUGUAGGUGAGUGAGUGUGUGUGCGUGUGUGUGCGUCUGCGUGCGUGUGUGUCCCGUUUUGGAAGUGUUUGGCGGUGGUCGUAGAUUUCACGGCCUUCAACUCAUCCCAGAACAACCUCAGGAUGAAGAUAAUAUGAUCAGCCACAAUGACUUUUUACUCUGAUUUGUUUCUUUUUUCUUUCUUUUUUUAAAUAAAAAGCCUUUUUCUGUAAAA